AUGAGCCCAGUUCCCUUCUCUAAAUGUGAUGUUAUCGGUAUGGCAGGUCAUGACGAUGAUCCUAUACAUGAAGAAAUAUUAAAGCAAUUCUCCUUCCUGUCUUUUGUUCUGUCGACUGAAGGAGGUCAGACACAAGAGCGUCCGAUUGAGAUCAACGAUGGUCAAACUCAGGAACAUGCCAUUAUACUUGAAGAGAUUCUUGACGAUGAUCUGACAGGUCAGACUCAGGAACAUGCCAUUAUACUUGAAGAGAUUCUUGAUGACCAUAUACCGCAAGAACAUGGUGAGAAUCAGACAGGACAUGUACAACUAGAACAUGGUGAUAAUGUGACUAGUCAUAUACACCCCAAUGAAGACAAUGAUGAUGAUGACAAUAUAGGGAAGGUUCACAGUUUUGGGGAUUACGGUACAUAUUUCCGACAUAAACAUAUCAAGCAACAAAAGUCUGACAAAGAGUAUCGGGAAUGGGAUAAGUUACGGAAUAACGGGAUAGAAAGACCUCAGAUCUUUAAUAAGAUGGUGUUUCAUGUUAACGGGUAUACCAACCCUUCUAUCAAUGAACUUCAUAGAUUAAUGAUCAUUCAUGGAGGUUUAUUUCUUAGUUAUUUGACUAAGAAGUCGGCUGCCACUCAUGUAAUUUGUGAUCGGUUGACUCCACGGAAACUGGUGGAAUUCAAACAUUGUAAGGUGGUUAGAGCUCAAUGGAUAGUGGAUUGUAUUCAAGAGGGGAAGCUCUUGGAUUGGAAAGCGUAUAGGACUAUUCCUGAUAUAGAUUAUGCUCAGAAACGGUUAUCAUUUGGAUGUACUAUGGCUCAGUCUGAUUCUAUGGCUGAUUCUAAGUCUGAGCCUGAGUCUAAGUCCGAGUCUAAGCUUUCUAACUCCAACUCUAACCUCGAUGUUGACUUUUCUAAGUCCGAUGAUAUAGAAUCAGACCCUGAGAUUCUUCCAUUGACUCAAUCACAAAAGGUUAUAGAAGAACAGUAUGGUGAGCCUCCAAGAAUUCUUGAUGCUAAGCAUCCAGACUUUUUAAAGAGCUUCUUUGCCAAGUCUAGGUUACAUCAUUUGAGUACUUGGAAGGCUGAUCUUCGAUUAAAGUUCCUUAGAAGAAUUGUUCAGCAACAGAAAUGUCAUCUGCAAAAUACUAAUACUCUGUUCACUAAGGUUAUAUUACAUAUUGACUUUGAUUGUUUCUUCGCAACUGCUAGUGCACAGAAUUACCCUAACAUUGAUUUCCAAACCACUCCCAUAGCAGUUUCUCAUGGUGUCAACACUUCAGAUAUUGCCAGUUGUAAUUAUGUUGCUAGAAGUUUUGGUAUUAAAAAUGGUAUGUGGGUUGGAGGUGCCAGAAAGCUUUGUCCCAAUCUUGUUUGCUUGGGGUAUGAUUUUCAAAAGUAUGAAGAAUAUGCCAGUCAUUUCUACAAUUAUUUAUUACUGAGAGAUGAUUUGGAUACCAUAUUUCCUGUUCUGAUUGAUGAAGUUUUAGUCGAUUGCACUCUGACUGUCAAUAAAAAUAAUACGAAUGGAUCUGGUGUUGGAGUCGCAAAGGAAGUUGAUGUUCUCAUGUCAACUAUAAGAAGGGACAUUUUUGAUUUGACUAAAUGUACUAUAAGUAUUGGAGCUUCUCAUAAUGUUUUAUUGGCCAAGCUUGCCUUGAGAAAGAGUAAACCUAAUGGUCAAUACUAUUUAUCCUCCAAUAUUGAAGGGUUUCUUGAAGAUGUUCUGGUUAGGAGUUUACCUGGAGUAGGAAGAAGCAUUGAAAAACGAAUAGCUCAAGAAAUAGACGUUGAAGAACCUUUGAUCCAACAUAUACGGACACUUUUCAAUGAACAAAAACUAUGUGCUAUGCUAGGGAAAGCUACCGGGAAGAAAAUAUGGAAUUAUGCUUAUGGUAUUGAUGACACAGCCAUAGAAUUUGAUGAAAACAAUAAAGAAGCUAUUUUAGGAAGGAAAACCGUUUCUCUUGAUGUUAAUUAUGGAAUCAGAUUUGAUAAAGUUGAUCAAGUGGAUAAAUUUUUGAUGCAAUUAUCACAAGAAUUAUAUUCUCGUUUGAUAAGCUUACGUUUCUGUGGGUCUCAACUCACUUUAAAACUUGCUAUACGUUUACCUGAAGCACCUAUUGAUCCUCCUAAAUAUUUGGGAAUGGGAAGGUGUUAUUUUGUAAGCAAAUCUUCAAGAUUAGGAGUAGCUACAAAUGAUUGGGGUAUAAUUGGAUCUGAAUUAAAAUCUUUAUUUCGAAUUGCAAGUGUUCAAAUUAAAGAUUUAAGAGGUAUAGCGGUGACCAUGUCUAAAUUAGAAGACGCCGAACUUAUGAAACGUUCCAGACAAAAGACACUUGAUUUAAAUGAUUUGAUAGUUGCUGGUAGCAAGAGAAGGAAAAGGACUGUGACAGGAUCUAGUGAUUAUUCUGUUGAUAAAAUAGAUUGGGAUGUGUUUAAGAGUCUUCCUAAAUCCUUACAAUUGGAACUUGAACUGGAACAGAUUAAAGGUGGUUCUGUUGGUACACGAACUUCGUCAACUAAAUCUAGUGGAGUUAUACCAUCACCAACUAAACCUAAUGGAGUUAAAGCUUACCUUCAGCAAUUAAUACCUUAUCAACAAGGAGUACUGCCUGAGUAUGUUAGAGUGGUUGAAAAGUCACCUACAAAGAAAGCCAUACGGAAACAGCUGCCCAAAAAGAGAUCAGCAUCCAAUCCUCCGUCAUCACCACCCAAUUGGCAAGAUGAAAGUUAUAAUACCUCGGUGUUACAAGAAUUACCAUCUUCUUUACGAGCAGAAGUAGUAAGGGACCAACAAAUAUCACGAAAGUUCAAGCAUGAAUCGUUAAAGCAAAAGCUAUUAGAUAAGCAGAAUAUUCUUCGAGACGUUGAAACCAUCACUCAAGCAUGGAUCGAUUCUAAGGCAACCACUGUCAACAGAUCACCAUUAUUUCUUAAUGAAAAGGUUACUACCUUAUCAAUGAAGAAGAAAAUACAAAAAUGGAUCCAAGAGACCGUUGAAGAAGGUGGACCGCAUCCUGAUGAUGUGCAAGUGUUUGCGGCUUAUAUUAAGCAGCUUUUAACUAUGGGUGACUUGACUCGAAGUAUGGUAUUGGUUCAAGAAAUGGAAAAUAGAAUAGACUAUGAGUUUGCUCUAUUGAACCGGGAUCGAAAUCGUCAAGUUGGUGUUGAAGUUUGGAAAGAAGUAAAGGAAGAUAUAAAUACAUUGAUUUCCCAAUAUUGUCGUUGCAACAAGAUUAUUAUAUGA